GAUGUACACGUCAUUUUCCCCCCAAAUAUUUACGAGUUCAAAGCAUGCGGCACUCGAUAUUAGAUGUUUAUUUAUGAAGGUUUCUUUUAAAAUCCCUGAAUAUUAUCUUGGAGUUAGAUAGCUCUAAUGACAGUGUGAAAUUGAUCAGCAGUGUGAACGGAACAAAAUAAGCGUCCACUUUAGUUCUCUGGGUCUUCUCACGCAUAUUACUGAAAAAGAGGUCAUAGGAUUGUGCUGUCUAAAUUCUUGACCAGUUGAAACGGAAAGGUUGUUUUUUGACACAAUGGAUUAUUUUCCUCUGUUACUUCUUAUUCCGUUUGUUUCAGCCGCAUAUAAUACCAAUAUUACUGAUUAUCACAAGUUUGAAUCCAAAGUCGGUCCGGAAAAGCCUAAUUUUCUCUGUCCGGAUAGUUGUUUAACACUUGAUUGGUACGACAGAUGCUGCACUUGCGCUGGAAAACCAAUAUGGGAGCUUAAUCGAAACAUAAGCUAUGACCCCGUAUUCGUAGAAUACAUAAACAUGUUCGGACAAUCCAAACUUCUGUCCAAGCAGCCAGACGCCACCUUUCAAUGGCUAAAACACGAAUACGGACGAAUGAAUGCUUUACCGAAAAAUAUUUGUGAAUAUAACAACACAUUGGUCUCCGUAGUUCUAACUGGAAACAAAAUUCAAAGUAUUGAAGGUGUCAACUGUAUGUGGCAUCUCGAUACCCUCGACCUUAGUCAAAACCCUGUGUCCUCCAUCUCCAAUACGACGUUCUCCGGCAUGCCAAACUUGCGUGUUCUUGUUCUGGCGGACACCAACAUCCAGAGGCUGGAGCCAAAUUCAUUUUCCAAUUUUGAUACCGAAAUAUUUCUAACCGAUUUAUCUGGAAAUAAUUUCAAAUCACUGGAUGUCACUAACAUAUUUUUUGAACGCAGGCCGUAUUGUAACAUCACGUUGUCCAGAUGCAAUAUAUCAUUUUCAAUAGCCAAUAGUUUAGAUCUAUCGCUAAAUAAGUCGUAUGGCGGAGGGGAGGUGUUAUUAACUGACUCUGUAAUAAAUAGUUUUCACCCAUUUACUUAUAUAUUCGGAGACAGUCAAGAAAAACUCAAACAAAUGUACAAGUACAAUAUUUUCGGUAGGUAUACAUUCAACAAGUUAAAUGUUUCGUGCGAUUGUAUGAUGGGUGAGCUUCUUCUUGUAGGCGAGGAGUUUUUUGAAAAGUUUUUCUCUGGAGAACUAUAUUACUGUACGUCUCCAGAUCAUAUGAAAGGCAUUGAUGUUCAGCAGGCGUACAAUGAUACGUCCCCGAUAACGAUGGACAUGUUCGUUUGUCAUAAACAGUCAUUUUGUCCACGGCUGUGCUCUUGUAUAGAACAACCUAAUCGAUUCCGUCUGGUGGUAGAUUGUUCGAACAGGAAUCUUACCAGUCUCCCAUCCUACUUACCACAAACUAUUUACGACAUUGAGUUGAACUGUAGUAACAAUUUGAUCAAAGACGUCCAACCAGUGAACUACCUUAACAACCUAACUGUUCUUGACCUAUCCGGAAAUCAAGUUUCUCAUAUAUCCGACUCGGUUCCACCAGAAUUGGAGAGGCUCGAGACACUUAUACUUACUGGUCACGAGUUACAUAGACUCUCGCGGGAAUUUGUAAAUUUAGAUGCAGGUAAAAUAUGGUUUGGACAAAACAGCAUUUCUUGCCCUUGCGAUGAUAUUUGGAUUGAGUCAUGGAGAAAAGUUUCAAAAGAAAAUGAAUCAAAUGUCCUGAUGUGUGAAACAGAGUCAGGAUAUAUAAGUCAAGCCGAGGAGGCCUUUAUUGAGUGUCUGCCUACAGACUCCUCUGGUCCCUUUUGGCUGCUGUUCAUCCUUCCGUGUGUUUUACUGGCCGGUCUGUUAAUCGCCCACGUGUUUCGGUUCGAUUUCCUUCUGUUCAAAAGACGCCUGCAAAAACCAAAGUGCAAAUCCGAAUACACCAGCGAUAUUUUUAUUUUGUGUGACGAAGAAAACGAAGACGUCCUCAAAGUUGUGAUAGAUUUUGUGUUGCACUUUGAGAAUCAAGGUUAUCAAUGCUUUGCGCCACCUUUACAUGGGCUACCCGGGGACGUCCGCGAAGAUAUGCUGUAUAAUAAUAUCAGGAACUGCCGAUCCAUACUGGCCAUUUUGUCACUUCCGGAGGGUAACCAUGGCGACACAGACGAAGUUGUCACGGUAAUGAACCAUGCGUGGAAGCUGUAUCUGAGCAACAAAAUUGAAAAUCUGGUGGCAGUCAUCUUUGAUGGCAAAUUCUCGGAACAGAAAAGUCGCUUCCCGUACUUGAGCUCUUUGAAUCGGUUCAACCGAGUGUUCAAAGUGCGAAGCAGGAAAUACGACAUAAAACGUAAAAUAAGGGAAACCUUGCCCUUUCCUACGUGUGUUAAUAGCGUUCAUAAGCUCGAAAAUCUUAGUUAGUAUGCAUUGUUUUUAAACUUUGUAAUAAUGAUGAGAAACAAUGAAGCUUUGACGGUUCCACGGUGUAAUUAUAUAGUAUAUAUACUGUAGGUUUUGGUCAUUUGGACUUCUUUCUAUAACAUUAUUUUUUGCUACAUUUUUCGUUUUUUCUUUUUCAUCCUAUGAUUUUGAUAUAAUUAUAUUCAUGU